GUCUCCAGUCAUCAAGUGAAGUUAUAAGAACUGAAUUCAAAAUGGCCAGACUCACAAUUCUAGCAGCCAUAUGUCUGGUUUUAUGCCAACUGGGAUCUGCCAGCAGGAUGGAGUGCUACUUCACCAACUGGUCCCAGUACAGGCCUGGUGAAGGCAAGUUCCUGCCACAAAAUGUUGACCCCUUCCUGUGUACCACCCUCAUCUACGCUUUCUCUAUCAUCAACCAUGCCAAUGAGCUGGUCACCUAUGAGUGGAAUGACGAUGUCCUCUACAAGGCUUUCAAUGAACUGAAGAACAAGAAUCCUCAUCUGAAGACUCUCCUGGCUGUUGGUGGAUGGAACUUCGGCUCAAAACAAUUCUCCAUUAUGGUGUCCACUGCAGCCAACCGUCAGACAUUCAUCCAGUCUUCUAUCAAGUUCCUGAGGACUUAUGGAUUUGAUGGUUUAGAUCUGGACUGGGAGUACCCAGGUGCCCGUGGAAGUCCUCCUGAGGACAAGCAGAAAUUCACUCUGCUCUGCAGGGAACUUGUUGCUGCAUAUGCAGCUGAGGCCAAGUCCACCGGCAACCCUCAGCUCAUGCUGACCGCUGCUGUGUCUGCUGGAAAGGGAACCAUCGAUGCUGGAUAUGAGAUCGCUGAGAUUGCCAAGGAAUUAGACUUUAUCAAUGUGAUGACCUACGACUUCCAUGGAACUUGGGAGCAGUUCACUGGACACAACAGCCCUCUGUACCGCGGAUCUGAGGACUUUGGUGACCUUAUCUACUUUAACACUGAUUACGCUAUGAAGUACUGGAGAGAUAACGGCACCCCUGUGGAGAAGCUGAGGAUGGGAUUUGCUUCUUAUGGUCGUACUUUCCGUCUGACAUCAUCGGAUACUAGUGUUGGAGCUCCAGCUAACGGACCUGCAUCGGCUGGUCCAUAUUCACGCGAAGCUGGAUUCUGGUCCUACUAUGAGAUCUGCACCUUCCUGAAAGGCGCCACUCUUCAGUGGAUUGAGGACCAGAAAGUCCCAUAUGCCUUUAAAAGCAACGAAUGGGUUGGAUUCGACAACCAGGAGAGCUAUGAGAUCAAGGUGCGCUACCUGCAGGAGCAUAAGUUUGGCGGUGCUUUUGUUUGGGCCCUUGAUUUAGAUGACUUUGCCGGAAAAUUCUGUGGUCAAAACAGCCACCCUCUGCUUUCCCACCUCCGCAAACUUCUUAAUAUUGAGCUGCCACCACUGCCACCAACCACCACCCCCAAACCUGGUGCCAGCACCACCUCUCCAACCACCACCGCCACCACCACCACACAUGCUCCAGGACCCGGCUUCUGCAAUGGCAAACCCGAUGGGCUGUAUCCCCACCCUGACGAUAAGAGCAGCUUCUACAUGUGUGCCGGUGGCAUCACCCACAUCAGGAAUUGUGGAGCCGGAUCGAUCUUUGAUGACAGCUGCAAGUGCUGCGUCUGGCCCUGAGCAAUGUGCAUUGUAUCUGAUGUCAGCUACUAAAAAGACUGAGAAUAAAACAUGACUGUAAAUAUCUUUUUGUAUCCACU